AUGCUGAAAUCCAUAUUCCUAGUUACUCUGCUCGCCGUUGCAGCUCAUCAAUUAGCUGCAGGCAAUGGGGACGGCGGGGCUCCGGCAAUGUCGAAGCCAGCUUCAGGCAAAGUGACCGGGAUCUCUGGUGCUUUCCGGAAACUCGUAAAAUUGUUGAGCGAUGCAACGCCAACAUUGGAGUGCAGCCUGUGCGAACUGGUACUAAAAGAGAUUAUCGCUGAGGUCGCAAAGAACAGCACGCAGCAGAAGUUGAUCCAUGGCAUGGAGGACGUUUGCCAGAAGCUGCCUGACGUUGACGAUUGUGUAGAUUUCUUCAAGCAGUAUGGCUCGCAGCUGAUCGACACCGUGUUGCUUCUACUCCCUCCCAAAGCGGUGUGCACGUUCGCGAGCGCCUGCCCCAACUCUACAAUAACGUUGCCACUGGCACCAGCAAGUGCGGAGCAAGGGAGCCGCGAACAGGCAGCUGCUCCGCUAAAUCCGAGGCUCUAG